GAGCGGGUGAAGAAAAAACACGCAGGCAGACCACACUUUGAAACAGACCUAAAAUGCAUUUCGCCUCAGAAAGAACAGAGAAGAGGGCUGAUAAUUAAAAGGACAGCAGACAUAGAAGUCUGUCUGAGGAGGAUCAGCUCCAGAAGUCAAAAUGAGGUCACCUGACAAAGGAAUUUUCAUGAUGCCUUUGGGGAAAUAGGCAGGCUGAGUAGCGAGGGAGAGCUACCCACCUGAAGUCUGCAUUGAGCAAGGCGUUUCCUCCGCUGCCACUCGUAUUUAAUAGUGGCAGUAGCAAAGCUAAUAAAAAAAGCAGGAUGUUUGCUUCGAAAGGCAAAGCCUCCAGCUGUCCCAGGCAGGGAUGCUGUGCUGGUGCUGCUCCGGGUAGGGCUGCUCAGUCCCCAGCAGCCGAGCAGGGAGAAGGGAAGAGACGAAGCAGUGGCUGCUAACUGGGUACAAUUUUGCCAGAGCCCUGUCUCUCAUUAUCUGACAGUUUUCUAAUGUCUUCUGGGGUUUUCUGUUGAAGUUCUGGGGAACUGUAAGCGUAGUUUUGAAGGCUGUCACAGGUACAUAAUCUCAGGAGUUAUUUUUCCUAGAAAGCAGAGAUAGAUUUUGUGGUGGUUGGGUGUUUGGCAGGCAACUAGGGAAACAGAAUAUUAGAAAGCAGUUUUCAGGGUCUGUAAUAUCCAACCCCUAAAUACCUAAAGUCUGCAGGAAAAGAGACAAGUAAUUUCAUUGCUGUUGAGGAACUGAGAAAAUAUCCAUCUGUUGUGAUGAUUUGGGUUCUUUGUGCUUUCUGAUGUGCAAAGAUACAGUCCUGUACCAAUGCUCAGAUUUGCAAAGGAACAGGCUCACAUUUUUUUUCUAGGUAUUUUGACAUCUCUGUUGUCUCAAUGUCUUAAAAAAAAAAAAAAAAAAAAAAAAGUUUGUUUUUUUACUUCACUUGUUGGAUUUAAUUAAACAGUAAACCAUCAACUCUUUUGUUUCCCUCCAGGUUACUUUGAUAAUAGCGAAUAAACAGAGGCUUGUUUUGGCUUGGAGAAAAUAGGGUCUGGCCUGAAUGUUUGAAUUGCUUGAUUAUAAAUGAAAAUAAGCUUAAGAAUUUCCUGAGCACUCUGUUCUCAGUAGCAGGAUUUCUGAGAAGAGGAACCUUGUCCAUUCAGCCAGACUAAGAUGAUUGUAAAAAACUACAGAUUUUUUAAUGACUAGAUUUAAUCCUCAAAUGUAUUUUUGGAGUGUACACUUUGUAAUGUUUACCAAAACAAGUUAAAGCAAAACCUUUAAUUCUUAAGAUUUUAUGUGUAGAAAAUACGUGGUGGCUAGAUGAGAAACUGAAUUUUCAGUAUGUAAUAUUUUCCAGAAAAUGCUUCUGGCUUAGUGGUAGAGACUCUGUACAGCCUGAGAAGGAAGGUGUGUGUUUGUGUCACUGUGCAGUUAAAGCUAAUUUAAAUUGGAAAAAUUAAAGCUAAUUUAAAGUGGAAAGUGAUUAUAUAUUAAAAGUAUGAGGUCUGCUUCUGUAGGUAGGCUGUAAUACACCAAAUAAAUCCAUCAAUUAAUAGGAAGGCUCCUUUAGUACUAUGGGAAAGGCACUGGUUGCAGCCAUGCAGCAGAGUUUGGAGUGCCUUGGGGUUACAUUCACCUGUUCAAACACUAAGAAUGUGUUUUGGAUUGGAAGCUUUUCUAUGACAUGGUGGUUUACAGCACCUCCUGAAUUUGUUCUGUUGAGUUUAUUAGGUUAAGGUAAGUUUUUCUGUGAACAAGGUGGACGUGAAGGACUUCAUUUCUUUGUGUCACUCCUAAAACUUGAACCAUGAUGUGUUUUUUUUUCUCUGUUGUCUUAGCUGUAAAGGACCCUACAGCUGUUGAAAGAGCAAAUUUGUUGAACAUGGCUAAACUGAGUAUCAAAGGACUCAUUGAAUCAGCCUUGAGCUUUGGGCGCACUCUGGAUUCUGACUACCCACCUUUGCAGCAGUUCUUUGUUGUCAUGGAGCACUGCCUGAAGCAUGGCCUGAAAGUAAGAAAAUCGUUCCUAAGUUACAAUAAAACCAUCUGGGGUCCUCUGGAACUUGUGGAGAAAUUAUAUCCAGAAGCUGAGGAAAUAGCAGCAAGUGUCAGAGACUUGCCUGGCCUUAAGACACCGCUGGGCCGUGCCCGGGCCUGGUUGCGGCUAGCGCUGAUGCAGAAGAAAAUGGCAGAUUAUCUUCGCUGUUUAAUCAUUCAGAGAGACCUCCUCAGUGAGUUUUAUGAGUAUCAUGCACUCAUGAUGGAGGAAGAAGGAGCAGUUAUUGUUGGGCUCUUAGUUGGGCUAAAUGUGAUCGAUGCCAACCUGUGUGUGAAGGGAGAGGACCUGGAUUCACAAGUUGGGGUGAUCGAUUUCUCUGUGUAUUUGAAGAGUGAUGAUGACAUUGGGGGUAAAGAAAGGAAUGUACAGAUUGCUGCAAUAUUGGACCAAAAGAAUUAUGUUGAGGAACUAAACAGGCAACUGAAUAGCACAGUUAGCAGUCUACAUGCAAGAGUUGACUCACUGGAGAAAUCAAACACUAAACUGAUUGAAGAGUUAGCAAUAGCGAAAAACAAUAUAAUUAAACUUCAGGAAGAGAACCAUCAAUUAAGGAGUGAAAAUACCCUGAUUUUAAUGAAAACACAGCAUCAUCUAGAGGCAGCUAAAGUGGAUGUGGAAGCAGAGCUUCAGACGUACAAACACUCGAGGCAGGGCUUGGAUGAGAUGUACAACGAGGCUCGCAGGCAGCUCCGGGAGGAGGCACAGCUGCGGCAGGAUAUGGAGAAUGAGCUAGUGGUUCAAGUUAGCAUGAAGCAUGAGAUAGAGCUUGCCAUGAAGCUGCUGGAGAAGGAUAUCCACGAGAAGCAGGACACUCUCAUCGGCCUGCGGCAGCAGCUUGAUGAGGUUAAAGCAAUUAACGUGGAAAUGUACCAAAAGCUGCAGGUUUCUGAAGAUGCUAUGAAAGAAAAGAAUGAAAUAAUUAGUCGAUUAGAGGAUAAGACCAAUCAAAUUAAUGCAACUAUGAAACAGCUAGAACAAAGUGACAAAGAUCUGUUAACUCAAACUAGGACUAUUGCAAUGUCAUUCGUCAAAUGUGCCAGCAAUGAGGCUCAGCACCAGUAUAAACUUGUCAAGGAUAUAUCAUUCUGAAAGCUCCUCCAGAUCUCUUGUGUUGAAAUAAUUGCUGAUAAAAUAGGACUUGAGAAUUUUCCAAUUAAAACUUGAAAGUGGUAUUAGAAAUCCUGCACUGUAACUGAUCGUAGCUGGGUUCUGUUUUGUUUUCUGAAAGAACAUCAUCUCCGAUCUCACUUUACCCCUCCUUAAAAAAAAAAGAGAAAAAAAAAAGUAAAUUACUGCACUAUUAUUGCAAAUGUAAGCUAGUUUUCUAAUGCUAUUGAAUCACUUCUUUGUCAAAUUUUAUUUUAAGAGGUUAGAUAUCUUUACUUCGACUGUACAUUUUUAUGGCACUUGUUUCUAAUUAGUGAUUUUUCCCGUUCUUUGGUACUAAGAGAUUUAAAAAGUAGCCCUUCUGGCUAAUACUUCCCUUCUCCCCUGCUUAUUCCUUUCACUUUUAGGCUGUAUUGAUCCCAAAAGCACGCUCUCUGUUGGGUUUUGUGGUUGUACCUAGCACUUAAAUCAGAGUGGCAGGAGUUGGAGGGAGGGAGCUGAGCUCUCCGAAGGAUGGGUGUAAGGAAAGGGGCUGGUGCCACCCUCCUUGUCCUGUGUGUGCAGGCUGACAGCCUCUGGGCAUCCAACAGCUACAGCACAGUCCCACCUCCCUGCUGCCACCUGGGGUAAAAUAUUCUCCUGGAGUCACAAUGUGCUUGGAGCCUGAUUGCUGAGGGACUCCAGGCAUGUUCUGUAGCUGUGGCUCCUGCCUAGCACAGCUGCCCUGGGAGGUGCAGCAGUGAGCAGGAUUUAGUUUGGGCCCAGCUCCUGAACCUGCCCAACCAGUUUGGCAGCUGAGGAUCUUGCCUGGCUGUGUGUGCUGAGAUCAACACCCCUGGCUCUGCCCAAUCCCUUUUCCCUCCCUCCACCCAUCAUUAGGGCAGCCUUUACAGCUCCUACUUCUGCCGUGAGCUGCUGCUUGCCUGCACUGCAGAAAGAGGAGUUUGGGCUGCUGGCUGCUCUUAAUACACUCCCUGAUGUUUGCUCUGAAGUUGGCUGGGAAAAUGAUCUUAGUGUUUUGCAGCAGAGGGGGAUGUGUUUGAAAAAGUGGGGACAGGAUGCAAUAAUACAGAAAGGAUUUCUACUGCAUGGUUAUACAGUAGCUUAUUCCUUGGUUUGGAGGCAGAGGGAGCCUUUACCAUGAGCUGGCUACUGAAAAAUACAAAUUAAUAUCUUUCAUCUUGAAAGAAAACCCAAACCAGAAACACUGAAUAGAGCAACGUGAAGGCCAUGGCAGAAAUGGGAGCCUUACCCACCUCACUGUCAUCUAUGCAAACAAGUAUCUGCCACAGCAUCACCUGAAUGCCAAAUCCAGCUGCACACUGGGGCCAGCUCAGCAUCUGCCUGAAUUCCAGCAGUGCAGCCAGCCCUGUUCUGCCUUGCUAGUGGAAACAACUCUGCAGUUGAUUUUGUGAUUUAGGGAAAGGUUUAAAAUGCUUUUGGUGUUGCACAGGGGAGGGUGACCUGCUUUUUCCCCAAUAUUCUCCUUCCCAUAGCUCUGCCCUCUGUGCACUACCAUUGCAGGUGUGACUGGGAGCACUCUUCAAGCCCCUGGGAUAGCAGAGUGAGACAUUGCACCCUUGAUAAGGUAGUUUAACUCCAGCCUUGUUUGCUGGCAGCUUUUGGAAACUCCCUCUGCUGCAACCUCAUCAGCAGAAGCACAAACACAGACAUAUUGCUGACACAUCUUCUUUUUAGCUGACACUGGGAGCUGGGAGUUGGUCUGUGCUCAGUGAGCUGCUGGGAAGGGAGAAAUCAACCAUCUCACUGAUUUCUCCCAGCACCUCCCUUGAGACAGUUUUGCAGACCACGGUGCAUCAGGUGGGGGCAUUCACUGGGAUUUUACAGGCUCUUGUAUUCUCCAGACAGGUGGAACCACAAUAUAGCACAAAUCCCCUUCUAGUGCAUUUACUUUUGUUACAAUGCAUCCACCAGAAAGGAACCACAGUGAACUAAUGCAUUCCAAGGGGACUGUCAGCUGAACAAAGCUGAAAUUCAGAAAGAGGAGAUUAAAUCAAAUAACAACCCCUCAUUUCUUGAUUCAUCACUUUGAUUUGUCUAUAGUACGGAGCUAUUUUAACCAGUGUAAGAAUGCAUUAUUUUUAAUACAGACUCUCUCAAUUAAUUAUGAUGUAGUUGAGGUAGUUCUAUAAAUGUAGUGGGACCUGUCAGGGUGUAUUUUGUUGUAUUAGGCUAGUCAAGUUUUUCGCUGUCUGAUUGCAGUGCUCUGUAUGCAACCUUAUGCCUCAGUUGUUUUGAGCUGCUUUUGCACAACAAAUGCUCUCCCCUGUCUUAAUGGGUGAUCAGUGCAAGCCAAGUACUUCUACAGAGUUUACUUGGGGGAAAAAAGAGCUUCAGAAAUAACACAUGAACAUAUGCUAAAGGACAAAGAAAAGCAUCAAGUUAAAUGCUUUGAUUCUAAAAUAUGUAUCAUGCUUUGGCACCUGUUAUUCAUGAGCAUAAAAUAAAGCAAUUAUUACUUACA